AUGGCUUCAAGAAAAUCUUUUAGUUUUUCUACUGGGGGUUCCUCUAAGGGGUUGUCUUCUUGGUUAUGGAUGUGUAUUAUGUUUGCUAUGAUGGUUGAUAUGGUUUUGGUAGGCAUGGCCAAGACUCGUGGAGUAUCUUCUAUAGCUUCUAGGGCUAGAGCAACUAGGAAGGAAAAAGGCAAAGGAAAGGCUACUGCGAGUGAGCAACAUCUUGAGGUGCCUCUAGAGUUCGAGUCUAGAAAGAGGAAAAAGGAUUCCUAUGAGGAAGUUAUAACAAGGGUUCCACUACCACCACCUAUUUCUCAGCCUACUAGUUCAGUGUCACCUGCAUCUACAGCUGUGCCACAACCUGCUUUUGUGACUGAGCCUUGA